UUUACCGUAAUAUAAGAAUUAAUACUUAUAAAUUUAAGUAUAUUGUUCUUGCAUGUGUUUAUCUUUCAGAGACAAUUUAUUUAGUAUAAAAUGCAUUUGUGCAUCAAUAGGAUUAUUCUAUUUAACGCAUCGCUACUUUCUUUCCAAUAUAUGGUAUACAAUGGAAAACACAUAUAACUUUUUUUUCAGUACUUUACUUUUAUAUACCACUUUGGUUAGUCAUUUGUAUUCAGAUCCACCUAAGUCUGAUGAGGUAUUUAAUUUUGCCCAAUGUGAGCUAUUACUCGAAAUCUUUCAUACAAUUUAUAUGGAAAAUCUUGCAUUACUCCGACUUACUUGCUUAUCACAUUAUAAUCUUAGAAUAAGGCUAAAUGCUACAACCAAUUCUUUAGCAGCAUGAGUUCAUUACUUUUGUACUAUUU